AGGGCCGACUUAUCCCAAAGUAGCACAUCAGAUGAGCUGCAAGACACUACUGAAAUCCGAGAUUCAGGCAUCCCGCUGACUCCACUUUCGGCAUGCCCGUCCCAGGUAUCCACUUUGCCGAAGACGAAGAAGAUGAGUCUACCACAGAGGACGCUCUAUCACCUCUCCAACUUGCUGCAUGGCAAGGCGACCUCGUUUCCGCCUCUACACUCUUGGGAGAAGGUGCCGAUCCCAACGAGGAGCCCCGAGGGUGGUACGGCAAGACAGCUCUACAGGCAGCAGCUCUCCAAGGCCAUGUCGAGAUUGCGAAGCUUCUCUUGGAAGCGGGAGCCAGCGUCGAUGCACCCGGCGGGAACAAUGGGGGUCGUGCAGCGCUCGCACUCGCUGCUUGGGCUGGUCAUGAUGCAGCCGUGGAACUGUUACUCGACUCUGGCGCAGAUGUGAACUUGCCACCGCAUAGGUAUACGGGCCGUACUCCACUACAAGCCGCGGCGGAAUUUGGAACCUUGAGUAUUGUUAAGAAGCUGGUGACGUUAGGCGCAAAGCUGGACGGUCCGGUGGCUCAUAACUUUGGUCGCACUCCUCUACAAGCUGCGGCGGAGAAUGGACAUGAGGAUGUUGUCGCCUUUUUGCUGGAGUGUGGCGCAAGCGUGAACUUCCCACCUUGCCGUGACAAAGGCAUCACAGCACUUCAAGGUGCUGCAGCUUCUGGAUACGCGCAGCUAGUCCGACGGCUGCUCGAGGCCGGAGCAAAUGUCAAUGCAGAAAGUAGCCGGUAUAUGGGUGGCGCGGCCCUGUGGCUGGCGGCCGGUGCGGGACAUGUCGAGGUGGUUGAGAUACUGCUUGAUGCUCGAGCGGAUGUGAAUGCACUAUCGGGGAACCAAGGGCAUCUGUGCACGGCGUUGCAGAAAGCGAAAUUGAACGGUAGAUCCGAGGUUGUCGAACUGUUGACAGAAAGGCAGAUGAUCCCCGGCGUAAGAGACGCACCUUGCUUGGUGUACGGGUCAGUCAAACUUCGUACAGAAAGCCGGACACAGUAG